UGACUGUCUAAAGUCGAGUUUCACACAACUGGAUGGCGUUUUUCAAGUCGGUCACACAAAGAAUGUGUCGGUGGAAACAAAAGUACAAGAGAUAUUUGAUAGUCGUCCUUGGAAUAUACUGUGUGUACCAUAUCCAUACUAUUUUUAACCGAGAAGUGGAAUACAUCUUUAUAAACGAAAACACAGGGAAGAAAUGUGAAUUACCUAAUUUAGACGCACAUGACAAUUCCGUCAUGAAGUUUUUUCACCGUUUAAAUCCUAUUCAGUGCGAGAAAUCGGCGGAUCUCGUGUUUGUUGAUUCUUGGGGUUAUUUGCAAGUAAACCAUACUGCAGUAUCUAAAUCAGGUCACGUAGCUGUAUCUUGUAGUUACUCGGUAAUAAAACGCAAAGGAGAUUAUGAUGUUGAAAAAGAACCGGAAGUGCGCUUUUUAAAGCCUGUGUAUGUUCGUGCUGAUUUUUUCCUCGUGAAGUGUCAAACUGAUAAAAAUGCGAUAAUAUAUGAAAAAUUACAUCACAGCAUUGAUUACAAAUCCCGAAGGCGGCAAUUAAAUUUUCUAAAUGAAUCGAAUGAACAAUUAAAUGUAUACAUUUUUGGGUUAGAUUCGCUUUCUAGAUUAGCUGCAGAAAGAACAAUUCCACAAACUCUGCGAUAUGUUGAGCAAAAUCUAGGAGGGUACAUCAUGAAAGGGCAAACAAAAGUUGGAGUUAAUACUUUCCCAAACUUGAUAAGUCUUCUUACAGGGAAAGUUUGUUAUUCAAAAGAAUUGCCCUCAUAUGAAGAAAUAUUAGAUCCUUAUCCGUUUAUAUGGAAAAAUUUUAGUGCUUCCGGUUAUGCUACACUUCUUGCCGAAGAUUCACCUGGAAUGGGUUCAUUUACUUACUGGAAGGGGUUCAAGGAGCAGCCUUGUCUACACUACAUGAGACCAUAUUAUCUUGCGAUGAAAAAAUUUGAUUUGCCCGAUGUUAAUAGUGGUUUACUAGAGUGGGAAAAUAGCAAUAUACGUUUUCUGCAUAGCUCAGCUUUGUGUAUAGGUAACACACCUAAGCAUAAAAUAUUAAUGAAAUAUUACAAACAAUUCAUAGAAAUGUAUGCUAAUACAAGAAAAUUUGCAUUGAGUUGGCUAACUGAUCUAACUCAUGAAUAUGAUAACAUAGUUCAGUUGGCUGAUAAUGAUUUCAAGUUAUUCUUUGAAUGGUUGAAGGAGUCAGGGAAAUUGUCCAAUUCUAUACUAAUACUGAUGAGUGAUCAUGGUAUAAUGCAGAAUAAAAUUAAAAAUACAAUCGCUGGAAGGACUGAAAAUCGUAUGCCUUUAUUUGCCAUCGUUAUACCUCCCCACAUAAAAUCCAAAUACCCUCAUAUUCACAUAAACCUUAAAGGAAAUACUCAGCGAUUGACAACUGUAUUUGACGCUCAUGAAACACUAGUAGACAUUUUAGAAAGUAACUUUGUGCGCAGUAUAGAGUCAGUAGAAAAAAUGAAAAAGCUUCCCAGGGGAAUAAGCUUGUUUAGGGAAAUCCCAGAGAGGCGAUCAUGUAAAGAUGCAGAGAUUCCAGGGGAUUACUGCGUGUGUAAUUCCUACGAACCAAUGAACAAUAAUGACAAGAUUUCAAAAAACUUAGCACAGUUUUUAGUUUCUUAUAUUAACAAAGAUUUAACUAAACAUAGGGGAAAGUGUGCGAAACUGAAACUCUCAAGGAUAAAAGACACAUAUUUGGUAAAAUCCAAUUUACAGCGCCGUAAAGAAAAGGAGGAAUUUUCUAUACGAAAUUUGUUUUUUCAACCCGAUAUGGGAGGGAAAACUUACCUGAGUGUGAUUGAGACUGUUCCUGGACAUGCACUUUUUGAGGCAACAAUAAGUUCAAGUGGGUCUUAUGACGUCAUAGGUAGAGUAAACCGAGCUAACAAAUAUGGCAACCAAUCGUCAUGUAUUCACGAUAAACUUGCCGAACCAUACUGCUAUUGCAAUUGAGCAUCAAGAACAGACUCACUUUAUUUAAGAGAUUCUAAAAAAAAAAAAAAACUACGUUACUUAAGUACUUAGGAAUUUAAACAGUUGAGAUAGUUUGAGGUUUUAAAAUUCAUGACUGGGUUGAAUAUGCAAAUUUUUGAAGAAAAUAAAUAUUUUAUUAGUGAUAA